CAAAGGCGAAACAGUCGCUUCACACUACGCAGUGACAAGCGUUAUUAUGACUUUGUCGACCGACUAAAAAGCCUGCAUCAACAACAGCACAUAUAACGAAGCAUUGCUUGUCUAGUGCUGUCUUGGACAUCCCUGGACUACUUACAGAGUCGUGUUGGCUAUUUUCCUGUGCUAAAACAAGGUCUGGUGGGAUGAGCGGACCACCUCCAUACAAGGGGGAGAUACCCCCGCCUUACUCAACGUACCCAAACACUGCUCCUUAUCCUGGGAUGGCGCCUUAUUCAGCAUAUGGUCAAGCUGCUCCUCCUGGUCCCACUCCCGGGUUCCCCAUGUACAACCUCGGCCCUACACCAUACCCAAAUACGUCUCAAUAUUACGGAGCCCCUCAUCACAGCAUGGGGCCCUCACCAUACCCAAACACUGCGAUGACAAGUCAGUUUCCAUCACAGAGCCCUGCAUAUCAGACUCCAUAUGGCAGCCAAGCCCCGCCUCCUGGUCAAGUUCCGCCUCUUGGUCAAGUACCGACUCCUGCUCCAGUCCCUUCUUCAGGACAAGCUCCGCCUCCUGGCCAAGCACCGCCUCCUGCUCCAGUCCCUUCUUCAGGACAAGCUACGCCUCCUGGUCAAGCACCGCCUCCUGGCCAAGCACCGCCUCCUGCUCCAGUCCCUGCUUCAGGACAAGCUACGCCUCCUGGCAAAGAAACGCCUGACGGUCAAGACCCAGCCACACUUCCAGGACAAGAUCUGCCCGAAGGACAAGAAAUAGGCAAUACAUCAGAAGAACAGGACCCUACGAAGUCUCCUCCAGAAAAUGCUGAUGGUGAUCCAACGCCGGAUCAAACUUCAUCUGAGACGCCUCCGGAUCCACCCAAAGAAGAAACUUCGGAUUCGGAUCCGUUUGGUGCUUUUCAAUCACCUCUCCCUGAUUCUGCUCCUCCUCCUGUCGCGCCAAGUGCAACUGCUUUCCGUAAAUAGCCCUCGUUUUAAGAGGAGAUGUAAUUUCAGUCUGAUAUGUGUAUUGCUUUAUGAAAUAUAAAUUACUGGUUAUUG